GGGGUGCCCGAUCUUACAUUUCGUUACUAUGCGAACAGUAACAGGCUAUCGUGAUGCAGCCUCAAGAGGGACAACACCAUCGUGGACGUACUCGUCAAAGGAAAAACGACGAUUACUUUCUCAAGCAUUACAUAGGCCACUUGAUCGCGUGGGGGUACUUGGGAGCGACACGGACGGUCAUACCGGCUGCGUAAACACCCUGAGCUGGGCGCGCGAUGGGGAGCUGUUGCUAAGUGGAGGCGACGACACAACGGUCAGGAUAUGGCGCAUGGACACGGCAAACACAUCAGUGGAAUACCCUUUCGCUUGCGAAGCUGUCAUACACACGGGGCACCGAGCAAAUAUCUUUGGUGCGAAGAUGCUCCCGGGUUCAUCGCGCAUUGCUACAGUCGCAGGGGAUAGAGAGGUGCGCAUAUGUGACAUCUCGCGCGCACCGGGACGUCCGCAGAUGAGAGGCACCGGACUGCAAUACGACACCAGUGAGGCAUGCGUUCGCGUGCUGAGGUGUCACAAGAGACGAACAAAACGGAUCGUCACCGAGGAGAGCUUCGACCGUUUCUUGACGGUUGCAGAGGAUGGGGCUGUUAUCCAACAUGACCUUCGUACAUCCCAUAGGUGCGGAGCCGGAAGCUGCCCUACACCUCUCAUCAAGGUGCCGCACGAGCUUUCCGCGAUCGCAGUCUCCCCAUUGGCGCCGUACCAUAUUGUGGUGGCUGGCGAAUCUCCCUAUGGGUACCUUUUCGAUCGCCGUCAGUCAGGCAGGCACCUACGAGAACAAUGGGGUAUGGCUCCCGAUGGAGACCAUCUCACCACGUGCGUUCGGAGGUUUGGACGGACCGGCAGGGCGCCUGGCGAGCGAGUAGGCCAUGAACAUAUAACGGGUGCCCGAAUGGCGCAAAGCAAUGGGCACGAAGUCCUGUUGAGCUACAGCGCGGAUGCUGUUUACCUAUACUCGACUCGUGACGACGUGGAACCACCGGAGAAACUGUCUUCGCUGCUCGAAUCCACCAAUACCGAGCAUGAUUCCAAACCCGCACAUUCCACGAUAUCGACCAUCGAUGAAGAUGCUCACGACGUCUCGGACUUAUGGGAAAUUGAACAAGAGGAAUAUGGGAACAAUGAAGAAGCGGACGGAGAAGACGAUGACUAUGACGAAGAAGUAGGCGAAGAUGACCUGACACCCGAUCCUUUUUCUCGCGUACCGGUUGUCCUUCCCCGAAGUCGGUAUGCUGGGGCGUGCAAUGUUGAGACAGUGAAAGAUGUGAAUUUCCUGGGGCCCAACGACGAGUUUGUAGCAUCUGGGUCGGAUGAUGGUAACUUCUUCAUUUGGAAGAAAACCUCUCGCCGGAUCCAUGGCGUCUAUGAAGGCGAUGGAAGCGUGGUCAAUGUUAUCGAGCGACAUCCACAUCUACCGCUGUUGGCGGUCAGCGGCAUUGAUACAACGGUGAAGCUGUUUGCCCCUGCUCACGGUCGUAGCAGAUUCUCCCGCCUUGGAGAAGCCGAAUCGAUCAUGCAGACGAACAUAGAACGAGCCGAAAGAACGAUUUCGAGGCAAAUGGAACUCGACCUCGCCAGCCUUCUGUUGCAUCAUCGAUUGAUUGUGCGGCGCAGAUCCGAAGCUGGAGAUGAAGAUGUCGAUGAUGAGGACAUACAAGCUCAAUGCCCUACCCAGUAA